CCAGCAGAUCCGUCUGCGGAGCUCCGGGAGUGGAACCCGAGGCGCACUGCCAGGCACGCCGGGACGCCGCUUCGGGCCCUGCCCUCUCGCGCCACGCCUAUAAGGGCAGCAAGGCCAGGGUCUCACAGCAGUGGCCACAGCCAUGGAGGGCGCGCUAGAGGCCAACUGGAGCACCGAGGCGGUCAAUGGGAGUGCGGCGCCGCUCUGUGCGGAGGGCAACCGCACCCACGCGCCGCAGCGCAACGAGGCCCUGGCGCGAGUGGAGGUGGCGGUGCUGGGCCUCAUCCUGUUCCUGGCGCUGAGCGGCAACGCUUGCGUGCUGCUAGCGCUGCGCACCACGCGCCACAAGCACUCGCGCCUCUUCUUUUUCAUGAAGCACCUGAGUAUCGCCGACCUGGUGGUGGCGGUGUUCCAGGUACUGCCACAGCUGCUGUGGGACAUCACCUUCCGCUUCUACGGGCCCGAUCUGCUGUGCCGCCUGGUAAAGUACCUACAGGUGGUGGGCAUGUUCGCCUCCACCUACCUUCUGCUGCUCAUGUCGCUUGACCGCUGUCUGGCCAUCUGUCAGCCUCUGCGCACCCUCCACCGCCGGGCGGAUCGCUUGGCCGUACUCAUCACGUGGCUGGGCUGCCUGGUGGCCAGCGCGCCACAGGUGCACAUAUUCUCCAUGCGCGAGGUGACCGACGGUGUCUUCGACUGCUGGGCCAGCUUCAUCCAACCCUGGGGACCCAAGGCCUAUGUCACGUGGAUCACGCUCGCCGUCUACAUUGUGCCAGUCAUUGUGCUUACCACCUGCUACAGCCUCAUCUGCUUUAAGAUUUGGCAGAACAUUCGGAUCAAGACAACGGCAGUAGGGGCGGCCGAGGGACCCCAGGGUGCAGUGGCGGGCAGCAGGGAACACGAGGCCCUGGCACGCGUCAGCAGCGUCAAGCUCAUCUCCAGGGCCAAGAUCCGCACAGUCAAGAUGACCUUCAUCAUCGUGCUGGCCUUCAUCGUGUGCUGGACGCCAUAUUUCUUCGUUCAGAUGUGGAGCGUCUGGGAUGCCAACGCGCCCAACGAAGCUUCGGCUUUCAUCAUCGCUAUGCUUCUGGCCAGCCUCAACAGCUGCUGCAACCCCUGGAUCUACAUGCUCUUCACGGGCCACCUCUUCCAUGAGCUGGUACAGCGUUUCCUCUGCUGCUUCUCCAGCUUCCUAAGGGGAUCCCAGCCAGGAGAGACAAGUGUAAGCAAAAAGAGCAACUCAUCCACCUUUUUCCUGAGCCGGCACAGCUCCAGCCAGAGGAGUUGCUCGCAGUUGUCCUCCGUGUGACCAGCCUGGGUCUGGACUGUCUCCCUUCUAUCUGGUUGUGUGACAUGCCCCUUGGUGGUUGUGUACAUACGUGUAUAAGGUACCUUUCCAUUUGUACA